ACUCGUAUGUAGGUACACUUAUAGUAGGUAUAUGUGUUAUAUAUUUAAAAAUGUCGAAUAUAUUUCUAUGUUUGUUAGCAUUUACUAUUAUUUAUUAUGUAAAUGGGAAAAUGGGCGGUCAUCAUAAUGCUGAUGACACCAGACCCCACCACCCACAUCAUGCAAUAAAAGGAUCGCGCCGGCGAGGACACCAUCACAAACCUGGACUUCGUAUCAGGAAUGAGCACCAAGUCUACAUCACCCAGCCGAAGACAAACUUGAGGAUCCGAGGUGGUAAUGCCACCGACACGAAGAACUUCCCUUACAUGGCUGCUAUCAUAAUCAAUGGUAGACUGUGGUGUGCCGGCACCAUCGUCGAUGUCAACUGGGUGGUCACUGCUGCUCAUUGCUUGAAUUAUGUCCUCCACGUAUCCCCCCUAAAGACAUUGGGGCAGUAUGUGAAGGUGCGGGUGGGCAGCGCCAGACCCCAUGAGGGGGGCACGCUAGUCGACGUGGCCGGUGCUGUAAGGCACCCCAAGUUUGAAGAGGAACCCGUGCCUCACGCUGAUGUGGCCCUAUUGAAACUCGCUGAGAAUAUCGAGUUCAAUAGACACGUGAGCCUGCUGAAGAUCUACGAAGGUAUCAAGGAACCGUUCGCCCAGAGCUUCAUCGUCGUCACCGGUUGGGGAGCUACUAAAGGUACAGACACGGCCUUCAGAGAGCACACUCCUGACUUGAUGACGGGCAGGCUGAAGGUGCGCUCGCAGCACUACUGCAUCGAUGCCUACCAACUGGUCAACGGGUUCCAAUUCACUCCAGACUUCUUCUGUGCCUCCUUGAGGAACGGUACCAGAGAUGCUUGUUUGUUCGACGCAGGCGCUCCAGCAGUGCAGCAGAACAGAUUGAUGGGUAUCAUGAGCUUCGGUCCUGAACGCUGCGGACAUGAGUUCCAGCCAGCUGUCUUUGUCAAGGCCUUCUAUUUCAGGGACUUCGUAAAAUCAACAAUAGCUUCAUACAAGACGACUGCAGAACUGAUAGACGCGGUGCAGGAGAUUGACCCAAGCUUGCAACCACACGAACAGCUGCACGAAGGAGUGCCACAAGAGGUGCCUGAGAGGCUGAGGGAAGACGUCAAAAACGCCUGGGAGGCGGCAACUGAGCCUGACAUAAGACACGACUAACGUACCCGUGUUAAGAAGCAUCCACAAACUACAAU